AAAUCAGGCAGAAAUAUUUGACCCACAUACCUCAAAGAUGGCUGGCAGCUGGUGUCUCUGCAAUCUUCUUCAGUAGCAGCUUUCUCUUAUGAGCUUUAAAGGGCAAUCUAACUUAAGUACUUAAGCACACGUGCUUAUCAGAACCACCUGGAGUUAAUAUAACUGAAAUACCAUGAUAUUUUUGACAUAGUGGCCUACUUAUGUUUUUGUGGUUUACAAAUCCUUUACACUGCCUCAUCAAUUGAAAAUAGAAACUGAAUCUGUGUUUCUGAAAAGUAUGCAGUACAAGGAGCACAAAUAUCCAUAUCAGUUCUCUUUUUAAACUGAAGAAUGUCACUUGUCAAUUCAGAUUUUGAUCAUCAUGUUACCCAUUAAUGUGAAAUGCCAGAGGUCACCAGCCCCCAGCUGUGGCUAGACUUCUUAUCAUGUUGAGGACUGCGGGCUAAUAUUAUCUGACAUGGCUGCGAAUGCUGUUUGCAAAUUAACAAGCCACAGGACUACAGCCUUGAUUUGCCAAAUAUGUCUGAGCCAUAAGCUGCUUUGAUUAUUAAUGCCAUCUGAGUGAGAGAUCGCUCACUGAACCAAUUAAGCAGCCAGUAUCUCCACCAUAUGCUUGGACAUCCUCAUCUUACCAGUGCAAGCGAAUUGUCACCUGGUUAAUUGGUGGAUUUGACAUCUGUUUCUGAGGUGGAGCUUGAGCUGUCACUGGCUUUAUAGCCUUUACUUUCAUGUGGAGGUCUUGUAGAUUGGUACUCGCUUAGAUGGAAGUCUCAACCUUCAUAAUGUGUCCAGUCAUACAGCCAGAGAGCCCUGUCAGGAGAUGUCAUAAGGUUGAUGACCCUAUUGAUAUGCUCCCCAAGUCUAGAAAAGCCCUUAGCAUCCAGGAAAUUGCAGCUCUGGCCAGAUCAUCAUUUAAUGGCAUCUCACAGGUGGUGAAGGAUCAUGUGACCAAACCCACAGCCAUGGCUCAGGGGCGGGUGGCUCAUCUGAUUGAGUGGAAGGGUUGGUCUAAGCCCUUAGACCCUCCAUCUGCUACACUGCAGUCCCACUUUAACUCCUACUCCCAUCUCAGCGAGGGUGAGCAGGAGGCCCGGUUCGCAGCAGGUGUUGCUGAGCAGUUUGCCAUUGCAGAGGCAAAGCUCCGUGCCUGGACCUCUGUAGAUGAGGAGGAUAUGGAUGAAGAGUCUUUCGAAGACAAUCCUCCUCUCAAUGAUGAACAAAUCAUCACAAAUCAGAGCUCAGGUGCUGUAUUGUCCAAUCAAAGCUGCCCAGUGCCAAUUCAGACUGAGACAGACAAUGCUGAAAGCCAAUCCAUACUCCGUCUAUCAGACACCGACCAGAGUAUGCAGGAACCGUGCUCAGCCCAGAUUGACCAUGAUGACCUGAUCAUCUCAGAGGAAGUGCCACAGGGAGAUGAAGAAGUUCAACUUUCAGGAGAGGAGGCAGAUGGGGGCAUUUAUGCCAUUCACAAACCAGAACGCAGGCCUUUGUGGAGCAAGGGAGACUCCUGCUACUACUCCACCUCCUACUCUGAGUCUGGCCUUUCACCUGAGGAGGAGGAGGAUGGAAGAGAGGUGGAGGAAGGGGAGGACAACGUCUUUCAGGAAGUCAUCUGCUGGGACAGACACUGCAGAAGCAUCUCUGAUACCUCUGGAGGUUUGUCUUUCGAUGAGGAUGAAGCGGAGGAAGAGCAGGAGGAAGGUUCCAAGCAGUGACGUUAUGCUCUUUGUCGCCCAUUUGUCAUGGUCCCUUUGUAGCAACUCUUCUGUGAAGUGUUUGUGCAGUCUGUUGCAUUCAGAGACAAUGACUUGUUAUACUUCUCCUUCCUUUUAAAUGGAUAGUUCACCCAAAAAUGAAACUUCUGUCAACAUUUACUCACAUGAAACCAUGUAUGCUUUGAAACCAAAGGACUUUCUUUAUUACCUUUUUCUGUAGAAAACAACAGGAGUUUUUAAUGGCAGAAUGUCCAAGUUGCUCUUUUCAAUAUUAUGAAAGUGAAUAGUGACCACAACUUUAAAGCAAGAUUUUCAAGGCAAGAUUUUCAGCGAAUAACGACUUAAAAAGGGAUAGUUUGCCCAGAAAUGAAAAUUCAGUCAUCAUUUACUCACCCUUGUGUUGAUCUAAACCCAUAUGACUGACUGACUUCUGUGUUAAACAAAAGGAGAUUUUAGGCUAAAUGUUAUAGACUGACAGCCUCAGUCACCAUUGCACAUUUUGCCAUAAAAGAAAAGAGAAUGGUGACUGAGGCUGUCAUCCUGCCCAACAUCUCCUUUUGUGUUCUGCGGAAGAAAAAGUCAGACUGGUUUGGAAUGACAUGAAGGUAAGAUAAUGGUGACAUAAAUCAAUUUUUGGGUGAACUUUCCCUUUACAUUUCGGUCUGAGCAGCUCAGGCAUUCUGCUAAACUUCUCAUUUUGUGUUCCAUAGAAGAAAGUGAUUUUUUGAAAGACAUGAGAGUAAAUAAACAAUGACAAAUCUUUCAUUUUUGAGUGAACUAACCCUUUAAUCUGUCCCUGCCUCCUCUUUAUCUCAAUGUUCUUCAUUUGAAGUGAAAGUCAAAGAAAACAGCUCAGUACUGUUUCCUCGAUUAACCAGAGAAAAACAGACGAUAGUGACACUAUGGCACUACGCAGUAAAGGCGGAUGUGAUGCUCAUUAUCGUCGCUCUCUGUUGAUUCAGCAGCCUCGCGGUUAUAAGUGACGACACAUCAGGACUGUCUCCCAAUCUUAAGAAACUCGAAUAUCUCUUUGAGGAACGUUGUUUUGUGACCGUUCAAAAGUGACGUAAUGCUCAUAGUAAAUUUGCAAUGUUGUUAACAUUUCAGGACUGCAGGUUUCCCGAGGGACAAAAAAAGACCCACUUCUUUAUUUCGUUUUGGUUUAGAUGUCACACUGAAAUGUGCUUGUGUGUCUCGGCUUGCUCCAGAAGAGUUGAGGCGCAGCUUUACUGCUAUGAUGGAGCGUCGUAACUAUGAAUAGAAUGUGCCUGUUAUUACGAUCACUGUGUGAUGUAUAUUACGAAGUUGAGUGAGAAUCCUCUGUCAUGUUUCUUGCUUUAUGUUCAUCUUUCUCUCUCUUUCCCUCCGUGUCUGCACUUCAAUCGAUGUUUUAUAUGUGAUUGGCUGCUGUAUGAACAGGUUUUUUGAAGCUACUAGUUUAUACGACCUUGAGAUGCAGCUACAUUAAAGUAAGUUGACUGGAAGAAUGUGUUCAAUGCCUUUCGAAUUGCAUUCAUUUGUUGCCGAAGCAUGAAGAUGAGCAGUGCAAGUCCAUGACUAACUAUCCCUGACCUUUCAUCAUUAUCCUCAAUAUGGACUGGUGAUGUCAUUAAUGUGAAUAUGUGAAUCCCUCCCCAAAAUAUAUUUUUUUUAUUGUUUGGACAGAAAAUGUCUGAGGUCAAGAUGUGAGAAUUAUGACUGCAUUAAAGUUAUGUGUAUAUUCAUCAUAUGUUUACUGCUGAAUCAUUAGGCCUACUGAUUAUUGCUCAAAACAAUUGUUAAAUUCCAAAAACAAUUUUCUUGUAAAACAUCCUUAAAACAAAAUGAAUUUACUUGAGAAGCAAAAUUAUGUAGAUAAUAAGACUGAGAAUAUAUCUUUAGGUUUUUUUAUUGCCCCUUUGGCAAAUGUGUUCUUGUUUUACACAUAAACCUCACUACAUUUUGUUAGUGUUAUGCUUAAAACAAGAAAAAACUAAACAUAAUCCAAGAUAUAUUCUCUGAAAGUUUUAAACUUAUGCAAUUUUGCAUCUUGAGGAAAUUGUAUUUUAGGGAUGUUUAGAUAUUUUUA